AUGGAGAGCUCGCCCCCGACGCGCAAACGAGUGGCAGAGUCUUCUCCACAGCGCCUUCGAAACAAUAAGCGUCGGCUUACCAUCGAAAACCUCUAUCCAGUGGCAAAUCGGAACCCUAUGGUGAACGCGUGGAUCAGGCACGUGUUUGACUUCGACUCCGACUUCGACUCCAGUCGCCAGACUUCCGUUGAGCAGGACGAUAAUUCAACUUCCAGCGACUCAGAACAAGAAAUGUUAUGUUCACAAUCACCCUCUAACGAAGUAGACGAUGUGCCGACCAAAUGUCACGUCCCAACGAUCCUAAAUCAAGUGAAAUCAACCCUCUACAGCCUUUCCACUACUGAGGAUGUGGCGGCAACGACUAUCACAACUACUGAUCUCAGUUCAAAGAAAUCAGCCGGAGGGCAUUGCCGGAUUGACGACGAUAAAGUGGUUGAUAUUCUAACAGGUCACAAUGUGCAUUUGGACCGCGUGGAGGACGAUGACAUAACAGCGAUUAAGAAGAUCAUUCUUGCUAAAUCAAGAAAAAAGGUCAACGUAAAAGAAGAACGAAGAUGGCAGAAAGACCUCGCAAAAUGCGCAGUCUCUGACGAGACCUGUCCAUUUUCCAUGUCCUACCGGAACGGCGAACCUGCAAAGCUGAUGCCAAAUCCUAAACCAGACCUGGUUUUCACUUUCGAUGUAGACUUGUUUGUGACAGCAGCUCAACGAGACGCCCUCUUCAACUUAGGUUCCAUCAUGUGCCCUGAAUCUGUUGAACCAGUCAAGCGUGAUCGAGCGUUCCAUUUUUUAUCUAUCGAAGCUAAGGGAGCUAGAGCCCAAGAUGCAAACUGGAUAGCACAUCGGCAGAACUUCAACACAGCUACCCAGGCUUUACAUAAUAUUUAUUACUUCAUGGAAAUGGCUGGGACACUAGCGGCAUUCUAUGAAAAGGUUCGGUUCUAUUCUAUUGUUGCAACUGACCUCGUCUUUCAUGUUCGGGUACACAGAGCUCGUGAGCUCAAAGAGCACUGGAUCCAGCAAGAUUAUUCUCUAGAAUUUCUGUAUGACGUGGUAUACGAUCACAGAGGAGGUGGAUACACGAAAGCCGAAACGACGGCAAUUGUCAAAAACAUCUUGAUCGAAUAUGGGAUUAAAGUACUCAAGCCACUUUUAGUGCAAACCAUGAAGAAAGUCCUGGAAAAGCGCGACGAAAUUUCUGUGCGGAGCGAAUUGUUGGAAGACUUGAUGAGAGAGAACGAUAAAUAG